AUGUUCGUUGCCACAUUCUCACCGUCAUGGAUUGCUCUGGCUGCUGUUGCCCUUGCUCUCGUUGUCUACUGGACAUGCACUGCUCGUAGGAUCCAUUAUCCGCCUGGUCCUCAAGGCAAAUGGUUCAUUGGAAAUCUACAUGAUGUUCCCAAGGAGCAACAAUGGCGGACCUACGCAGCCUGGAAAGGCAUUUAUGGUCCUAUCAUCCAUCUCAAUUUCUUGGGAGGAACCCAUGUCGUUGUCCUUAACGAUGUCAAGACCGUUACUGAUCUGCUCGAGAAACGAGCUAAUAUCUACUCGGAUCGACCGAUGACGACGAUGAAUACCAAGCUGGUCAACCGACAACGAAGUCCCUUUUUUGUGCCCUUCGCCGACCCGCGUUUUAGAAUCUAUCGCAAAAUGCUGCAUGAUACUCUUGGAUCUCGCCCGAUGAGAGAUAUUUGGCCUGUACAACAAGAAGAAGUGAAAAUCUUCCUGGGGAAUUUGCUCGCGAGCCCAGAACAGUUCGAGGCACACAUUCGCAGCAAUGCCGCCUCCGUCAUUAUGAAAAUUGCAUAUGGAUAUAAGAUCAAGGCGAGGGACGAUCCUUUCGUGGCUGCUGUUGAAGAAGCCUUUAUCAAUGGCUACAUUAUCACUACUCCCGGACGGUGGCUAGUGGACUCUUUCCCAAUUUUACGAUUCUUGCCGGAGUGGUUUCCUGGAGCCAACUUCAAGAAAAAAGCGCGAUAUUAUCGUGAGCAGAUGCACGGCGCCUAUCAAGGGCCUCUGGAUUGGGUCAAAGCCCAGAUGGCUGCAGGUGUUGCUAUAUCCUCAUUUGUCUCAAGACAACUCGCGUCGAAAGGAGAACAAGCGUCAGAUGACCAUUACGAAGAUAUCCUGCUCAACGUUGCAGGCUCAAUGUUUGUUGGCGCUGCAGAUACCACUGUCUCUGCUAUGAUUUCGUUUUUCUACAUUAUGACAACUCAUCCUGAGGUUCAACGUCGGGCUCAGGCAGAGAUCUUCACAGCAGUCGGGGCUGACCGUCUGCCGACAAUGGAAGACCGCGGGUCUCUGCCUUACGUAAACUGCGUGUUGAAAGAGAUUUUCCGCUGGUGCCCGCCAGGACCACUCAGCUUGCCUCAUUCGCUUACGCAGGACGACGUAUAUAAUGGAUAUGGCAUACCUGCUGGGACGGUGGUUCAGGCAAAUAUAUGGGCUCUCAUGCACGACGAGACCAUGUAUCCCGAUCCGCUCGUGUUCGAUCCUGACAGGUUCUCUGGUGUUGGUGGUCGAACAGUGCAACAGGAUCCUACUAGAUGGGUGUGGGGUUUCGGCAGGAGAGUCUGUCCCGGGCAACAUCUCGCCGAAGCAAUGCUCUAUAUCUCAAUUGCUUGCACCUUAACGCUGUUUAACAUUGGAAUGGCUAUUGAUGUGCAAGGUGAAAUGAUCGAGCCAUUGUUGGAAUUCACGACCGGGACGACAAGCAGGGUGAAGUCCUUCAGGUGCAGUAUUGUGCCUCGAGCAGGAUACGAGAGCCUUCUUUUUCAAUUUACCGUCUAUGGGGACAGUUCUGUCUAG